CAAAGGAAUCUCUGGGUUCUGGAGGCUCGGCACAGAUACAGCUCACGUUCAUCCGCCCAGACUUAACUAGCAUCAUGGCCGCGGUGUGCACUGCCUCCCGUGUUCUCACCAAAAAGGUCUUGACAGCAAAAGCUCUUCCUGCAGUGUGCCAGAGCAGCUCCAGGAAGUUCCACUUCUCCAUCUACGGCAACCGGGAUGCCAACAAUGCCAAAGUUUCAGAUGGAAUCUCAACGCAAUACCCUGUGGUUGACCACGAGUUCGAUGCUGUGGUGGUGGGCGCCGGAGGGGCGGGGCUUCGUGCCGCCUUCGGCCUAUCAGAGGCCGGCUUCAACACAGCCUGCGUGACAAAGCUUUUCCCAACCAGGUCACACACCGUGGCAGCACAGGGCGGGAUCAACGCGGCCCUUGGGAAUAUGGAGGGUGAUGAUUGGAGGUGGCACUUUUAUGACACAGUGAAGGGAUCUGAUUGGCUGGGAGACCAGGAUGCCAUCCACUACAUGACAGAGCAAGCCCCAGCAGCCGUGGUGGAGCUGGAGAACUUUGGCAUGCCGUUCAGCCGUACUGAGGAUGGGAAGAUCUACCAGCGAGCGUUUGGAGGCCAGAGUCUGAAGUUUGGGAAGGGCGGCCAGGCGCACAGGUGCUGCUGUGUCGCGGACAGGACCGGACACUCCCUGCUGCACACCCUCUACGGACGGUCCCUGAGGUAUGACACCAGCUACUUUGUGGAGUACUUUGCCCUGGACCUGCUGAUGGAGGAUGGGGAGUGUAAGGGAGUGAUCGCCCUCUGCAUGGAGGACGGAUCCAUCCACCGCUUCCGCUCCAAGAACACCGUCAUCGCCACCGGGGGUUAUGGUCGUACCUACUUCAGCUGUACGUCGGCUCACACCAGCACAGGAGACGGCAAUGCCAUGGUAACCAGGGCCGGCCUCCCCUGCCAGGACCUGGAGUUCGUGCAGUUCCAUCCCACAGGGAUCUACGGCGCCGGCUGCCUCAUCACGGAGGGUUGCCGUGGCGAGGGCGGCAUCCUGAUCAACAGUGAGGGCGAGCGCUUCAUGGAGCGCUACGCACCCAACGCCAAGGACCUGGCGUCCAGAGACGUGGUGUCGCGCUCCAUGACCAUCGAGAUCCGCGAGGGCCGGGGCUGCGGGCCAGAGAAGGACCAUGUGCACCUGCAGUUGCACCACCUGCCCCCCCAGCAGCUGGCCACGCGCCUGCCCGGCAUCUCUGAGACCGCCAUGAUCUUCGCCGGCGUGGACGUCACCAAGGAGCCCAUCCCUGUGCUGCCCACCGUGCACUACAACAUGGGGGGCAUCCCCACCAACUACAAGGGACAGGUGAUCAACUACAGUCCAGAGGGAGGGGACAAGGUGGUGCCGGGCCUGUAUGCGUGUGGAGAGGCUGGCUGUGCCUCUGUGCACGGGGCCAACCGCCUGGGGGCCAACUCUCUGCUGGACCUGGUGGUGUUUGGACGCGCCUGUGCCCUCACCAUCGCCGACAUCUGCACCCCAGGAGAGAAGCUCUCUCCUCUGAAACCCGACGCUGGGGAGGAGUCAGUGGCCAAUCUGGACAAGGUGCGCUAUGCUUCCGGAAGCAUGCGCACCUCUGAGAUCAGACUCAACAUGCAGAAGACCAUGCAGAACCAUGCUGCAGUGUUCCGUACAGGUUCCGUGCUGAAGGAGGGCUGUGACAAGAUGGACGCCAUCUACCAGACCCUGGACGACAUCAAGACCUUCGACAGAGGUAUCGUGUGGAACACUGACCUGGUGGAGACUCUGGAGCUGCAGAACCUGAUGCUGAACGGGGUGCAGACCAUCCACUCUGCCGAGCAGCGCAAGGAGAGCAGGGGAGCCCACGCCAGGGAGGACUACAAGGACCGUAUGGAUGAGUUGGACUACGCCAGGCCUCUGGCAGGUCAGGAGAAGAAGCCCUUCGAGGAGCACUGGAGGAAACACACCAUGUCCAAUGUAGACGUCAAGACUGGCAAGGUAACCCUGAAGUACAGACCCGUCAUCGACCAUUCGUUGAACGAGGAAGACUGCACUCACAUCCCUCCUGCUAUCCGUUCCUACUAGACGCCCCCCCAUCUGUUCUCCUGUCUUAUUUAUGCUCUUCUAAAGUCACACACGCAUAUAUAUACUUCCAACAUACCAGGUUUAAAAAGGAUUAUCUUUCAUCAUAAACAGUUACUCACUUAUGUGGAAUAUUUUUUCUUUUUCUUGUUAAAUAAUAAAAAAAUAAAUAAUACCUUACAGUAACUUUAAGUGUGAAUUGUGCACAUUUUUAUUUUUGUGUUUUAAACAAAGAAAAAAACAACUUCCGCCGCAUUUGCUAUAGAUAUUUCCGGCAAAUUGAGUAAAUACAUAUUUUAUAUUUAAAUAUUGAAUGAUUGUAUAACUUCUCAGUGUUAGACCAGGCAGUCACAAGCAGAUCGUGUGUGGAGUAGAUAACGUUGAUGUACAUUAAAUGGCAACGAUGCCAACAACGACCGACCGUAACGCUUCUUCUCUGUGGCCUUUGUACUCCAACACACUCCCGUCCAUCUGUAAAGUUCUGUAUAGGGGCAUGCGAUAUGAUCUGUUAGAGUUAUUGAAGUUGAAUAAAAAUGCUUAAAUAA